AUGGCUCCGUCUAGCCUAUCACACCGUCAGACUCAUAAUCUGUUACUGAUUUCGAAGCUGCUUAGUCUCAGAGAUACUGCGUCACCACUGACGCUCCUAUUGGACUCGUUGGAACAGCCAGCUACGCCAUUGAUCAAGGAAUAUAUCCGACGUGCUCGACUCUCAAAGGUCCAUGUCACUCUCAUCGCGUUCGAGGCGUUAAAGCCGUAUGACGGUGUUGAUGCAUUCGUUCCUGCUCGCCGAAAGGCUCCCACGGAAAUAAUGCGAGAAGUCGCCGCUGCCUACAAGCCAGAUUCAUCCAACAGCCCUAAUCGCCGACGACUAAUACUCAUCGACUCCAUAAACCCGCUGCUACACUCAACCCGACUCGACAGGUCUUUCCACCUUUCAAGUUUUCUCAGUUCAUUCAUCGUUCCCUCCGGUCCCACAACUUCCAAACCAGAUACCUCUCUCGUCGUUACAUUCCACCAAGAUGUCCCCGGCCGUCCAGCGCAAUCGCCGUACACUCCAUCACCUCUGUCGCUCUUGACUUACCUCGCGACGACUGUCAUUAAACUUCACUCCUUCUCACACAUCCUCGCUCAAAAGGCCGCGCGAGAUCGCAGCCUCGUCCCGCCCGUUUUUGGGCUCGAAGAAGAGCAAGAUGGCGUGCUCCUCGGAAGGCUGGAUAAGCCCGUUGGGAAGGGCACGGAAGCUGGAGGAGUCGUCCUGGAAAUGGAAUACCGGCGCAAAAGCGGGCGUGGAGUUCUGGAAUGGUAUCUCCUGCCUCCCGCGUCGAAGUAUCCGGCUACUCAACUUAAGGAAAUUGUGACAUUGCUUGAUGACCAUCCAUUGUACCGGCCUCCAGAGGAUUUGGGUGAUGCAAAUGGGGAUGAAGAGCCUGAGUCUACUUUUGAACUGCGGCUUACGGAGAGACAGCGCAGGGAUAGAGAAGGUGUUGUGCUGCCUUACUUCGAUGCGCAACAGGGUAACGGACCUGGUGAGGGUGGACGUAUCUUGUACGAUAUGGGAGAGGAAGAUGACUUUGAUGAAGAGGAGGACGAAAUCUGA